AUGGUGAAAUGGCGGAAGCAACAAAGACUCGUGUCUGGAGAUACAUCCGAGGAGGAGAUAGGUCACCAUUACUUGAGUACUUUGAUGUAUGGUCGCUACCAGCGCGACCUCAGCGAAGCGGCAAGAGAAGAAGCGAGACGACUCAGACGAUUACGAAAGAAGAGAAGAAAAGAUGACAAGGCGAGACAGAAAGAGCUAGAAGCUACAGGCAAGCUUAGACCGAGGGGGAAGUUUUUUAAAGUGAUCGGCUACCUAUGGAGGCACUCCUUUGCAAGGCUGGGUGAAGACUGGUUCUUCUUAGCAGCGCUGGGUAUUAUUAUGGGUUGCCUAAACUUCGCGAUCGACCAGGGUAUCGCUGUUUGUAACAAUGCUCGAACAUGGAUGUACAAUGACGUAGCUACAUCGAUAGCUGGGAAGUACUUCGCCUGGGUGUCGUUGCCUGUUUGUUUGAUAUUAUUUGCUGCUGGUUUCGUGCAUAUUGUUGCUGCGCAGAGUAUAGGUUCCGGUAUCCCCGAAAUGAAGACAAUCCUUCGUGGUGUCCACCUGAAGGAGUAUCUGACGUUUCGCGCUCUGGUUUCGAAGUGUGUCGGUCUGACUGCGACACUUGGUUCUGGUCUUCCAUUAGGGAAAGAGGGUCCUUCCGUCCACAUUGCUUCCAUGGUUGCAGCUCUCCUUUCGAAGUUAGUCACGAAGAUCCAGGGCGUGUAUGAGAACGAGUCACGAACCACAGACAUGUUGGCAGCCGCAUGCGCAGUGGGUGUUGCUUCGUGCUUCGCUGCGCCAGUUGGUGGUGUACUCUUCUCAAUUGAAGUAACAACAACUUACUUUGCUGUUCGUAAUUACUGGCGAGGCUUCUUUGCGGCCUGCUGCAGUGCUAUUAUGUUCCGUUUAUUAUCUGUAUGGUCUGGUGCAACGCCGACCGUGAAGCCACUCUUCCCUACCAGUCUACCUCAAGAUUUUCCCUUCGAUCCUCAGGAGUUUGCCGUCUUUGUACUAUUGGGAAUUGUUUGUGGUCUCAUGUCAGCUCUAUGGGUGUGGCUUCAUAGACAGUACGUACUCUUCAUUCGGAACACCAAGUACUUGAGUACGUUUCUACAAAAGAAUCGUUUCAUCUACCCUGGCUUCAUGACGUUGGCUGUGAUGUCCAUCCUCUUCCCACCAGGUAUAGGGAAGUACAUGGCUGGAGGGCUUGGUACACCACCACAGGUAUCAGCGCUGUUCUCCAACUUUACCUGGUCAGACGAGCUAACAGCGGAACAGGCGGCCAUCGUAUCCAAUUGGCAGACGGAUGAAGUUGAUCAUUUCGGAUGUCUCAUCAUUUAUUUCUUCUCUAUCUAUUUCCUGAGUAUGGUGUCCUGUACUCUGCCGGUCCCGGCUGGUAUUUUCGUCCCAGCUUUCAAGAUGGGCGCCUCUCUUGGACGGUUCACUGGAGAAGUGAUGCACUACUUCUGUCCAUUAGGAGUGGCGUAUGGUGGAAAAAUCCAGAAGAUCUUACCUGGUGGAUACGCCACGGUGGGUGCUGCGGCGUUCACAGGUGCUGUCACCCACACAGUGUCUACUAUUGUCAUUAUUAUCGAGAUGACUGGGCAGAUAACACAUCUCCUACCCAUAAUGGCCGCUGUGCUAGCUGCAAAUGCUGUAGCAGCGAUGCUGCAGCCUUCUUGCUUCGACAGCAUUAUUCUGAUCAAGAAACUGCCAUAUUUGCCUGAUCUCCUCUCUUCAGCUAGCCGUAUGUACGACAUUUGCGUCGAAGACUUCAUGGUGCGGGAUGUGGUCUACAUCUGGAAUAGGAUGACAUUCCAGCAGUUGAAGGAUAUUCUCAAGAGUAAUAAAACGAUCAAGAGUUUCCCUCUAGUGGAUAGUCCUUCAUCCAUGGUCCUUUUGGGUUCCAUACAUCGUUGGGAGCUAGUGAAGGUUAUCGAACAGCAAGUGGGCAGAUCUCGUAGGCUGCAAGUUGCCGCGCAAUGGCUGAAGGAAGCCGAGAGAAGACGCGAUGAGGAGAGGAAGAGGACCCGAAGACCUUCAAGAUUUGAAGUCACUCCAGCUCCAGAUAUGCUCCAAGUUCCUGGUAGCGGCAUGACGAGAGGCACCUCACUAACAUCGCAAGAUCAAAGUGGCCUAAUACCGGCCCCAGGCCAGCUGUUCCGACCGAAGUCGAUCCUUAAGAAGACGAACUCAUUCACACUGACCCGUGGUCUAGCCCCACCUACGCCACAAUCCCCAAUGCCACACCCCUCUGUCUACACCACGGUUACUGGAGCCGAGACCAGAAUCCGCGCUGCAUUUGAAGCGAUAUUCAAGAGGUCCACUUUACUGCCUGAUGUGGAAGGUGGUCUUUCUGACCAGAUGGGUGGAUUACAACGCAGUCCGUCUAUUAAUAAAAAAGUUCAAUUGCCGAGAGAACGCGUAUGUGACAUGUCACCGGAAGACCAGAAAGCCUGGGAACAACUAGAGAUGGCCAAGGAAAUUGACUUCGACAAAAUGCUGCAGAUUGCUCGACGGCGGGAUAUGAACCCCGAUGACACAGACUAUGAGGAUGAAACAUUGUACCUCUGUCACAUUGACCCUGCGCCCUUCCAAUUGGUUGAGAGGACUUCACUCCUUAAGGUGCAUUCACUAUUCUCAACUCUGGGCGUUAGCAGAGCAUAUGUUACGGCUAUCGGAAGACUUAUUGGUGUUGUGGCGCUUAAAGAGCUACGCAAAGCGAUUGAAGAUGUAAAUUCGGGAGUGUUGACUCCCGCCACUAGGCCUUCGCCCCCGUCUACCCCCUUGCCGAUUAUGAUCAAGGUGCAGACAUCUGAGCCUGCGCCGCCUAGCGACAGUGACACUGCACGACUCACUAAGUCAUGUAAGUAA